UGUUUAACUGCGGGAGUCUUGAACAGAAUUGCCUUUGAGUGCAGGGGCACUACCCUUGUGGGCGGUGAAAAGAACAUUGUCACAGGUUCUAUAUGUUACCUCGAGUAUAAAAAAAGCAGGAAAAUAGACCAUCUGGACCGGCUCGUUGGAAUUGCUCUGUUGUUUACCGCUCAGCAAACCAUGCAGGAUGAUUUACUGAUGGACAAGAGCAACGCACAGCCUCAGAACCAGAACCAGCAGCAGGACCCGGCGACCGCAGAGCCCCCCUCCAGUCCGACCCCUACCUCGGAGGCCCCCUCGUCGGAGGAUCAGGUGCCCCCUGUGCAGAGCAGCAAAGAGAAAGGAACGAUGGAGUCGCCUAUCCUGCCGGGGCUGAGCUUCCAUCAGGGGCAAGAGCCCGGAGGCACCUCCCUGUCCCCCUCCUUCGGCAGUACCUGGUCCACCGGCACCGCCGGUAACGUGGACGACGGCUUCUUCCCAGGGAUCCCCUCGGUGAACGGGACGAUGCUCUUCCAGAACUUCCCGCACCACGUGAACCCCGUGUUCGGGGGCAGUUUCUCGGCGCAGAUGAGCUUGGCACAGUCCCAGUCUCAGCAGCAUCACCAUCAGCACCAUUCGCAGCAGCAUCAGCAGCAGCAAGUCCAAAAUCAGCAGCAGCAGAGGAGGUCCCCAGUGAGCCCCAGCCAGGCCCCCUUCCCCCAGCGCAGCACCUACAGUCACCAGGCUGUACUGGGCUCCAAGGCAUCCCCGUCCCCCGCCUCCUCCUCAUCCGCCUGGAACAACCAGCAAAACGCCGCCUGGAACACAGCUGCCUCAAACCCCUGGAGUGGCGUGCAAGCAAGCAGGGACCCCCGGCGGGCUGUGGGGGUGGGUGUGGGAGUAGGGGUCGGGGUCGGUGUGGGAGUAGGGGUCCCGUCGCCUCUCAACCCCAUCUCCCCUAUGAAGAAGCCCUACUCCAGCAAUGUGAUUGCCCCUCCGAAGUUUCCCCGAGCUGGACCGCUGACCAAGUCGUGGAUGGAGGACAACGCAUUCAGGACGGACAACGGCAACAGCCUGCUACCUUUCCAGGACCGGAAUCGGCCCUUCGAUGCAUUUAGCUUGCACUCUUUGGAGAAUUCCUUAAUGGAUAUGAUAAGGACUGACCAUGACAAAGGACGCAUGCCUCUUAAUUUCCACCACCCAGGCGCAGAUCAAAUAAUGGCACUAAAUACAGCCAGGAGCUAUGGGCGCAGAAGAGGCCGCUCGUCACUGUUCCCCUUCGAAGACGGCUUUUUGGACGAGGGCCACGGCGAACAGUCGUUGACGCCCGGCAUCGGCUCUCCCACGCGAUGUCAGAACGGAGAGCGGAUCGAGCGCUACUCCAGGAAGGUGUUUGUCGGCGGGCUGCCCCCUGACAUCGAUGAAGACGAAAUCACCAACAGUUUCCGGCGCUACGGACACCUCGUGGUGGACUGGCCUCACAAAGCGGAAAGCAAGUCCUACUUCCCACCCAAAGGCUAUGCCUUCCUGCUCUUCCAAGAGGAGACCUCUGUACAGGCCCUCAUUGAUGCCUGCAUUGAGGAAGACGGCAAACUCUAUCUAUGCGUGUCUAGCCCUACUAUCAAGGACAAACCUGUUCAAAUCCGACCCUGGAACCUCAGCGACAGCGACUUCGUGAUGGACGGAUCCCAGCCCCUGGACCCUAGGAAGACUAUUUUUGUGGGUGGGGUGCCUCGGCCUCUUCGUGCAGUGGAGCUGGCCAUGAUCAUGGACCGCCUAUAUGGAGGGGUGUGCUACGCUGGCAUCGAUACUGACCCAGAGCUCAAGUAUCCUAAGGGUGCCGGCCGUGUGGCCUUCUCCAAUCAGCAGAGCUACAUCGCCGCCAUCAGCGCCCGAUUCGUCCAGCUGCAGCACAACGACAUCGAUAAACGGGUGGAGGUGAAGCCGUACGUGCUGGAUGACCAGAUGUGUGACGAGUGCCAAGGGGCGCGCUGCGGGGGGAAGUUUGCCCCCUUCUUCUGUGCCAACGUCACAUGUCUGCAGUACUACUGUGAGUACUGCUGGGCCAGCAUUCACUCCCGGGCCGGGCGCGAGUUCCACAAGCCGCUGGUCAAGGAAGGGGGCGAUCGCCCACGACACGUGUCCUUCCGCUGGAGCUGAGGGGUGGGGAACGACCCUGCCCCGGAGACCUCCCCGCCCCCCCCACAUCCCAUCCCAUCCCACCACAUCCCAGGACAGCGCUGUACACCACAAUCCUGCCCC